UCCAGACUAUGCCAUGGAGAACAACUCCAAAAAUUGAUUCUGAAUGGAAGAAGAAUGUGGCACUUGAAAUACUGAAUAAUCUCAGUGAGUCUCGCCUUGCUCGGUCUAUCUGUAACCACUUCUGUGAGCGGCUGAAAAAAUCCCAUAGCCAGUUUUCUGCUGCUCUGAGAAACCUGGAAGAACUACACUCAGGGAGACUGCAGCGAAAUGAAGAGUUAAAGCUAAGGGUGCGAAAAACAGUUGCCCCAAAGAUUGCAAGAUGUGCCCUGGAAAGUAAAUCACUUAUGGACAUUGUUGCAUUUGGUAUGCCUCAGUUGAAAGGUGAGAUUGGAAGGGGUCAGUUUGGAAUUGUGUAUUCCUGUGAUGCAUGGGGUGCAUACAGUCCAUGUGCUGUAAAGACAGUUGUACCUCCUGAUGACAGGCAUUGGAAUGAUCUAGCAAUGGAAUUUUUCUACACCAGCAUACCUGACCAUGAGAGGGUUGUCCAAAUUAAAGGAUCUGUCAUUGACCACAAUUAUGGUGGUGGACACUCACCAGCUGUAUUGCUGAUUAUGGAACGAUUACAACAAGAUCUGUUUCAUGCACUGAAGAUGGGAUUAGAUAUUUUUACAAGGUUACAGAUUGGUCUUGAUGUAGUUGAAGGAAUUCGAUUUCUUCACAGUCAGGGACUCAUUCAUCGAGAUAUCAAACUGAAAAAUGUACUGCUGGAUGCUAGAAACAAAGCUAAGAUAACUGACCUAGGCUUCUGUAAACCAGAAGCUAUGAUAUCUGGCAGUAUUGUUGGAACACCAAUCCACAUGGCCCCAGAGCUGUUCACAGGACACUAUGAUAGCAGUGUAGAUGUUUAUGCCUUUGGAAUCCUUUUGUGGUACUUGUGUGCUGGAGACAUCAAGAUGCCUUACAUAUUUGAACAGUGUCAAACAAAGGAUCGGCUCUUCAACAGUGUUGUUAGAGGUGCAAGACCAGAAAGGUUGCCACAGUUUAGUGAUGACUCUUGGAGGCUGAUGUCUGAAUGCUGGGCUACAGACCCAAAAAAACGACCUUUUCUGGGAGAGGUGGAACCUAGAUUGAAGGCCAUUAUGGAGUUUUAUCGUAGCAACCCUCCACUUGGUGGAAAUCUCAUUGAAUCAAAACGUCUUCACCACAGACGUCCAGGAAUCACAGAACCCAUUUUUUACAGUGAAUUAUUGAAAGGUGCCUUAUAGUUGCUAGAAACACUAGAGAGGUAUCACCAAGCCAUUGAACAAGAAAUAUUUUUUGUUUCUAUAACUAAUCAACACACAGUGCAAUAUAAACAAAUUUGUGUUUCCUUUCUGUCUCAAUAAUCUGCAUAACACAUGUGAUAUACACAACUCUGUGUCUAUUUUCUGUUUCAAUAAUUCAGUCAACAUGUGACGUGAUAUACACAAUUUUAUGUCUUAGUUCUAUCUCGUUAAUCCAAUGAACAUCCAGUAACUCUAUCAUUCCAGACAACAUAGCUUAUGCACUGUCAGCAAAGCUCUUUUGUUAUAAUAUUAAAAUUACUCAAAGUACAGAAAUGUAAAGAGCUUUGUGAGAAACAAUAUCACAAGAUGUUACUUAAGAUUACAUGGCUAACUCAAAUUGUGUUUAGAAAAUAUUUCCCCUGAAGAAGGUAAUAUAGUGUUUAUUUUGUUCACAAACUAUUUAAGAUUAAACAGCUAACUGAAAAUGUGUAACAAACUAACUUUUUUUUCAUUUUUGAGUUUACUUACUUGUUAAGUAUUAUUUUAUUAUAAGUUGCAGCGUUUACAGUAACAAAGAAAUUUUUAGAACAAGUACAACAUUUCAAUCACUGGUGCAAUCAUUAUCAAGUACACAGGUUUUAGUAUUUAAAUUGUUGAAUAUUGAUUUAAAUACUAAAAACUUCUUUACCAUUAAAACUUGUGUACUUGAGAAUGAUCGCACUAGUGAUUGAAACAAUAGAUGACGAGCAACCCACUUUGAGACUAAUAAUGCUCGAUAGGGUAAUGAAGAAAAACUUUAAUAUAGGUUUAACAUAGCAAAUGUACAAUGUUUUGUCAUCAUCAGGUACAAGUAGCUUACAAUGACAUAGAU